UUCGACUAUCUCUGAACUCUGAAGCCGCUUCGACUUUGGCCGCCGCCGAGAUUCCCCAUCGCCGCCGUGACCUAUCGAUUCACGGCAAUAAUCUUUACAGUGUUUACAAGCCUCGGUAGAACACCUCAAUUAUGCUGCUAAUGAUUAGGUCAGGGCGACAAAAUGCCAGAAGCUUGAUCUCUCCACCGCCCACAAACAGCAAUACCAAUAAAGUUUUCUUCUUUCUAUUAUACUCCACCAAAGCCGCCGCCGAGUCUAUUUUAACCUCUCAACCCUACCAGUUUUCUUCACAGGAGUGCUUUCAUUCAUCAGCCUCAUGUUCCAGCUCUAUUCACACUUCAAAUGCCGGCGUUUUCCAGCUCAAGGAUGUGGUUUUGUCGUUUAAAGAGUGGUUCCAGAGUAGGUUAAACCCGGAUUUCGAUCGAAUCUUCGAAAUCUUACGGACCAAAGACGAGGCGUCGGCGGAUUUAGCUUUGUCCCGGUUCAAUCUCCGUCUCUCGGAAUCGUUAGUUCUUGAGAUUUUGAACUAUGAGAAGGGUAAAGAUGUGCUGUCUUGUUUGAAGUUCUUCGAUUGGGCGGGUCGGCAACCCGGGUUCUACCAUACACAGGCCACAUUCUCUGCAAUUUUCAAGAUUCUCUCCAAAGCCAAGCUCACUACCUUGAUGAUUGAGUUCUUGGAGAAGUACGCCAAGCAGAGGUAUAUUCACAGAUUGAGAUUUUACAACACUUUGGUGAUUGGGUACUCGAUUGCUGGGAAGCCAGAAGUUGCACUCCAGCUGUUCGGUAGAAUGCGGUUUACAGGUGCUGAUUUGGACUAUUUCGCUUAUCAUGUGCUGCUCAAUGCGCUAGUGGAGGAUGGAUUUUAUGAUGCUGUUGAGAUGGUUUUGAGGGAGAUUAAGCUCCAUGGGUUUGAGAAUUCGGUCACACAUUCCAUAUUUGUGAAGAGUCUUUGUAAGCGAAGGGAGCUGGAUAAGGCUGAAGCUUACAUUAGGGGUUUGUUAGGAAAUGGAGGAGCUGGUUUGAGUGGCAUUGUUGUGGCCACUGUUGUGGAUGCUCUUUCUAAGAACGGACAUUUUGAGAAGGCUGGAUCGUUGGUUGAAGAGUUUCGUGAGUCCGGUUUGGUCUCUAUGGAGCAUGCUUAUGGUGCGUGGAUUAACAACCUUGUUAAGGCGGGGAAGCUGGAUGGGGCUUUAGAGUUUCUGAAAAAUAGGAAUGUGGUUGAUGGGCAUGUUCCUCGUGUUUUCAGAUAUAACGCUUUAGUUUGUAAGCUUUUAAGGGAGAAUAGACUUGAAGAGGUUUAUGACUGGUUAAUGGAGAUGAAGGAUCAAGGUAUAUCUCCAGAUGAGGUCACCAUGAAUGUUACAGUAUGCUUCUUUUGUAAGGUGGGAAUGGUUGAUGUAGCUUUGGAACUGUAUGAUGCAAGAUCUGAGUUUGAGCUCUCUGUAAAUAGUAUGGCUUAUAAUUAUCUUAUAAACACUCUCUUGGGUGAUUCAAGUAAUGAUGAUGCCUGUCGUGUGCUGAGAAAUGGAAUUGAACAAGGUUAUUUUCCAGGUAGAAGGACCUUUUCGAUUAUUGCCAAUUCUCUUUGCAAAGAGGGGAAGCUUGAUAGGGUGAAUGAGUUGAUUCUCGCUGCUCUAGACCACAAUCACAUGCCCAGCGAUAUGAUGUACAACAGGUUCAUAUCAGCUCUGUGUAGAGCCCACAGAGUGGAAGAUGGCUUCUUGCUACAUGAACAGCUCAGCCGAUUAAAUAGGGUUACAAGCAGGAAUACUUAUUUUGACUUAAUUAGUGGCUGCGUCAAGUCAAGUAGGGCAGAUAUUGCAGCAAGAUUACUUAUAGAAAUGCAAGAAAAUGGUCACAGUGCUAACAGCCAGUUAUACAGAGCAGUUAUUUGCUGUUUAUGUCAAUUGAAUAAUCCAGAAAAGCAAUUUUUCAGGUUGAUGGAGAUGCAGUUGUCCCGAUUUGAGCCUACUUGUAAAAAUUACAAUUUCUUCAUUGAUGGAGCUGGGCAUGCUGGAAAACCUGAGCUGGCUAAAGAAGUAUAUGAAAUGAUGGAGAAAGCUGGUGCAGUACCAACUUUGAAUUCUCAUGUGCUGCUGUUACACAGUUAUUUGAAAAAUGGACGGAUUUCAGAAGCUUUAAACUUCUUUUAUGAUUUAACCAAGAGAGGCAAAACAUCCCGGAAACUUUGGCACUGCAUGAUUGUUGGCCUUUGCAAAGUGGGCAAUCAUCAACAUGCAUGGGAUGUAUUCUGGAAGAUGAGGGCAGAAGGGAAGAAACCAAGUAUGGAAUCUUAUGAGGAACUUGUGAAUUUGUUGUGCUCACAUAAAGAAUACUAUUGGGCUUUGGUUGUUGUUGAUGAUUUGCUGCGAAGUGGUCGAAAGGUUUCUUCAUUUAUUGGCAAUGUGCUUUUAUUACAUUCUUUAAGGACUAAAAAGCUUUAUGACCUUUGGUUGAACUCAAGAAAUGAUCAAAAUACAACAAUUAAGAGCUUGAAAUUAGGCAAGCUGAUAGAGAAAUUUUCUGGUUGUAGUAGCACGAGCAUGGAUAUUAAUGAAAUUGAAGAACUAAUUCAGCAAUGCUUUCCUCUUGAUAUCUACACCUACAAUCUGUUGUUGAGAAGAUUAAGUAUGUGUGAGGUUGAUUAUGCUUGUGGUUACUUUAAUACUUUACGUAAAAAAGGAUAUGAGCCAAAUAGGUGGAGUUAUGAUAUAAUAGUACAUGGCUUGUCAAAAUGUGGUCGGACUUCCGAAGCAAGGAAGUGGAUUGCAGAAAUGCUUGGCAAAGGAUAUGAUCUAACAGAGGCAACUGAAGCCAUGGUCUAAUAUAUUCAGAAGUUUCCUUUUUCUGUUCAUGAGACUUCUAAUGAUAUUGCUCCUCCUAGCACUGCUUGUAGCUUGGUGGAGGAUGUGAAGUUGAUACACGAAAGCAAGUUGGCAAAGCCGUGGCAGAAGAAAUCUGGUACAAGAAAGAGCACUCCAAUCGUCACCCUUUGCAUCUGCUUGGACUGACUUGGCUACAACAGCGAAAUUUCUUCAUGGUUGUGUUUGUAAAGUCUGUAAAGUUUAUAGAUUGAGAUACAGGUGAUGCAGACUCGCCCACAACAGCUCUCUGGCAUUGCAAUAAAGAGCCCUUGAAAGUGGCUGAAAAGUUUUUGAAGGUUAACAUUGCUCCUGUGGUUUCAUGUGAAUAAAACCAUUUCUUAUCCAAUAAAAAAAAAAGAGAAAAAAGAGACAUAUGAAGAAGUCUGUUCCUCUAACACUAUAGGCUUUUGGUGGUUUAUAUCUAUGCCACCUUAAUGUCUUGGGUGUGGAGCUUCAUCAAUUAUUUUAAAAUUCUCUAAUCCUGAAAUGAAUUUUUGUUAGCUGUUAUCACUAGCCUUUGAGAAAAGCCAUGUUUGUAGUAUAGGCAUAGCACUCAAAAUAAAAUCUCUGCUUCAGAUCAGAUAUGUUGUAGUUCUUGCUAUUUUUCGUUAUCAUCAUUAUUAUCAGUAAUGAGAUCCUUAGUCAAAAA